GCCAAACAAAGUUAAAACUUGAUAUUUGUAAUCAAAAAGUCUUCGAUCCUCUUUGAAUGGCAGGCUGUGUUGUUAGCGCUAACCAGUAGCUAGCUAGCGUUAGCCCGAUCCAUAGGCUAGUACUUAUGAUUAGCGUUAGCUACGAGCAAAUGCAUUGCAUCAAAACAGCAUUCAGGACGAUUGUUUUGGUUGUGGAGACCAGCCACUAUAACAGGAUGGACUCUGAGAUUUUGAACAUAGAAGACAUAGUGAUGGGUCGGGGAUUGCCGGACCCACCUCAGGAAGUUCCCCCUGAAAAACCAGCGGCGCCAUGCAAACCCGUCAUUCGGAAUGGACCUCCUGCAGCCACCGUUCAGCCAUACCAGCAUGAAAAUCUGCAGUGUUUCCAGUGCUUCAUCACCUUCUGCAGCGCCAAAGCCAAGGAAAGGCAUAUGAAGAAGAGCCACCGGGAAGAGUACAAGCAACAGCUUCAGCAGGGAAACACGUUGUUCACGUGCUAUGUGUGUGACCGAUCAUUUCUGUCUUCUGAGGAACUGACACAGCACCAGCCAACACACAGCAAGGACGACAAGCCCUUUAAAUGCGUGCACUGCAAGGAGAGCUUUAAAACAUUCUCUGAACUAACAGCCCACAGGAGACAGGUGUGUCCAGAGAAACAGAUGGUGUGUAAAGAUUGCAAUGAAACCUUCCGGAGCGCUGGACUGUUGCGUAAUCAUCGCCUGACCCAGCAUCUCCGCCCAGAGGUAGAGGCCGCAGAACAGCCGGAGGACUCAAAAACCCACCGCUGUAAGAAGUGCGGUCAGGGCUUUGAAACAGAACCUGAGCUGAUAGAACACCAGGAGAAGUACCCCGAAGGUCAGCAGUGCAACGGCAGCGCUUCAUCCGUCAAGAAACGUGGCCGGCCUUCCAAAGUGGAAGACUCGGCAGCUGCUGAGAAAAAGGGAAAGCGGAAAAAGAAAGAGGAGACAGAAGCGCCCGAGGAGGCGGUGAAGGCCAGCAGCACAUCAGAGUCCACUGCACCUCCUGAGGAAAAGGCAAAAGCAAGCGGUGCAAAACGUGGACGUCCCUCCAAAGCAGCAGCAGCAGCAGCAGCCGCUGCAGCGGCGGCAGCAGCAGCAGCAGCAGCAGUCGUCAAAUCAGAGACCGAAGAUACGAAGAGUCCUGAGGAUGACAGCCACACACCAGCAACAGAGAAGAAACCUAAAGCGGACGCUGCUCCUCCGACUCGGCAGCACCCCUGUCCUGAAUGUGACCUCACAUUCUCCAGCUUGAUUCAGCUGCGCGCUCACAAGAAGGUGAAACACGCCCCUCGGAAAGCCCAUCCCUGUGAGGAAUGUGACGAGAGCUUUGCCCGUCCUGAGCAGCUGGAAGCCCACAUGUCACGGUCUCAUGCCGUGGGCCGCCAGGCGUGUCCGACCUGCGGGAAGAGCUUUGGCCGCGAGCGCACCUUAAAAGCUCACCAGAAAACCCACGCGGAGGAAAAACCGGAAAACCCAAGUGCCAAGAGAUAGUUAAGCCUUGGGGUCCUUGCAUAAUGUGUAUGGUUGUUUGAAGAUGUUAGUAUGGAAUUUUCCUUUUUUCUUUUGAACAUAGAGGAUCUGAUCCUCCUCAUGGUAGGUCAGUGAUCGCAAUGGUUUUCAGAAUUAUGUUUUAGCAAAUUUGUGAUUUGAAUUUAAGUUUUGAUUAUGAGCUGUUGAGAUAAUAGACACAUCACCUGAAUUGACAAACCAAAUGUUUUUAAAUCUACGCCACAAAACAAAGUUUAUUUGUAAAAAAAAAAAAAAAUGUGAAAAAAAAGUUGUUUUAACUCUUGAAUAGAUUUUUGUUUUUAAGCUUGAAAUGUGUGUGAUUUAAAUGUAUUUGGAGUUUAAUUUUAGACUAACAGGCUUAUUUUUUUUAACAUUUCUUUAUUUCCUCUUGUUUUAUUCCAACACAAAUUGGGUAUGCACCUAUUUUUAAUUAAAUGACAUGCCUAGUAGAGAUGCUAUGUUUAAAUGUUCAUACAUUUUGUCAAACAUGUACAGCUUCUGGUUCAUAUUGUGCUUUUUUUUUUAAAUCCUAAUAUUUUGACACCGUUCCUUUCUGAAUUAAGUUUCAAUGAGAGGGAAACAGACUUGUUUUGCUAAAAAAUUACUUUGGCUCAAAGCUCCAGAUUCAAUGUGGGCAGAAAUGAUCCACUAUAAUCGUCCUUGUUUUUGGUCUUUUAAAAUGUUCACUUAAGAAAUAUAUUUCUUGUCUUAGACAUUUCUUAAAUGGAACUUGUGACUCUUAAAGGCCUUACAGUCUCAAAAGAAACUGUAUAUCAUGUGUUUUUCACUGAUUGGAUUGUUUCCCCACUGCAAUGUGUCUGGACACUGCAAAACUAAUAAACCAUGCUAUCUCAAAGGAGGCUUCUGAAGAAAUAACUUUUUGUCUUUGUCUC